AUGACGAGAUCCAUGGCGAGGCUGCUACAUGAGGGACUCUCUACUUUCAUUCAAAAGGCCAAGUGGGAGGAGUUUAUGAAGACCGAGGAGCACGAGAUGAGGAACGUGCUGAAAGACGAAGGCUGGGAGUAUCCACUCGACCGGGUGGAUUCUGACGCUCUACAACACCCGGCCGGGUACCAUUCGCUGGAAGCGCCAAAGCAAUGCUGCUCCACCCGGCCGGGUACCAAAACAACCACCCGGGUGGCCUGUUUAGAAGCAUGUGGGAGUCAGGAGUUGGAGGAGAUACUAUCUUUGAGUUACAUGCACUUGUCUCAUCAUUUGAGGUCUUGUUUUCUCUUCAUGGCAAUGUUUCCUGAAGAUGAAAAUAUCCGUGCUUCAAGGCUUAUUAGAUUAUGGGUAGCUGAGGGUUUCUUGAAGCAUCAUAGUGGAUAUAGUGAAAGCAUAGAAGAAGAGGCAGAGGAGUAUUUGGAGGAUCUAGUCAAGAGAAAUCUUGUAAUUGUAAAUAGUAAGAAGAGUGAUGGAAAAAUCAAGUGUUGCGGCCUCCAUGAUAUGGUUCGAGACUUGUGCAUAAGGAAAGCGCAUGAUGAGAAGUUUCUUCAUGUUAUCCAUGGUCAUGUCAUUCCACAAAGCAUGAUAAAUGAGCGACGCAUCAGUUUGAGGCUUUCUAGUAUAGCUGACAUCUGGUGCCCAACCGCCCAUUCCAUACUAUGCUUCGAACUCCAGAGUUUCCCAAGCUCACCAACCUUUCUAAGACGUUUCAGAUUGCUUAGGAUAUUGGACGCAGUGAGCCAAAGAUCAAAAGAACUCCCUUCCCAAGGUGGUAAAUUUCCUUUUGAAGAUAUGAGCAUUAUUGGUUCAUUGCCUAAUCUGCAAGUGUUUAAGCUAAGAGAUCAACCAUUUAGUAAAACGUGGGAAACAACUGAUGGAGAGUUUCCUCAGCUGAGAUAUUUGCUAAUUGAGAAAUCAGGUCUCCAGACCUGGAUAACUGAGAGCAGUCACUUUCCGAGACUGAAGCACUUAGUGCUUCGUUUUUGUGAGAGUUUAAGGGAGAUUCCACAAGGUAUAGGAGAAAUACCGACACUAGAAUUGAUUGAAGUGGAUUCUAGUAACAAGUCUAUUGUGGAGUCAGCGAAGCAGAUAGCUGAGGAUCAACAGAGCUAUGGAAAUUAUGAUCUUCAUGUUCGUGCCUCCUAUUUCAGUCUUAAUGAGACACUUCUAUCUGCACACUGCAACUGUUUGUUUUUCAUGUUUCCGUUUGUUGUAGUAGCAUACGGCAUGUUUUCUGCAGAGGUGGAUCAAGCCCUUGAUGGUUAG